UUUUGUUUUCUAUGAACGAUGCUUCCUAAUGCCUUAUGGUCCUCCUCUUAUUAUUGUAUGGUGGAUCUCAUUUUAGGAGGUGCCAUAUAUAUUUUUUUUUCCCUUGAGGGGCCAAUCUCCUGUAUGUAUUUACUUCAGCAUGCCAUUUUUAUUCUUGGUAUUUGUCAGUUUAUCAUUUUGUUUUGAUGAAUGAUGCUUACUUAUCGCAUGAUGCUCUUGUGGGAUUCUGAUAGUUAUGUGCUAUUAGUGCUGCUUCAAUUAGAUUGACAGGUGCCUAUGUGAUAGUUUAUCUCAUAAAUGUACUCCUUCUGUGCAUUUCUUGCUAUGUUUUUCUUAUCCUCUACGUAUUUUCUCCAAGUGUAUGAUAUUGCAGAUAUGAUGUUUUAAUACUUCUGUUGUAAUGAUGCUAUGCGUCGCUUAAGGUACAUUUUUUUUCCUGAAACUGCAAAUGGAAUCAGCCCAAGAUUUAUUUCAUAUUUCUGUCUUGGCUUGAGCCCUCGAUUACUUUAGCUGAUCCAGAUUAUUGUCAACAUUUCAUUUUUAAUUCCUUCAGUAAUGCGAUUGAUAUAAUGAUAUCUUCUUAUGGAUUAGAUACGAGGACAAUCUUAGAUACGAGAUAUCAGAUAUUUGAGAUUUAAGUGGACGAAGCUGACAUUUAAAGGGGGGAAUGGAGAUAACGAUCCUUAGCAGCUUUGCUGUGUAAUUUAUCUACAUAAGUGGGUAAAUUAAAAAAGCAAAAAGAAAAAGUGAACCAAGCCAUAAUGGUGCUGAUGGCUUCAUGAUAGAUAUUCAUAAAGCUAUCAUAUAGAUUGUUGAUCAAAAUCAGCAGAUUAUAAUAUCUGUACAAGUGAAAGUGAUCAAUAAACAUUAAUUUUCUUGAUUAGGCACUGACACCUGAUCAACUAUGGACAACAAGAUCCUUUGAUCAACACAACACAAUCGUAUUCCUUGGACCAAUAUUUGAGCAUCAAACACUUCCUAGAUGCUUUUAGUGAAUUUUGAUGAGAGGAGAAUCUGCGGGUGCAUUUGGUUCGCGGCCGAAGUCGGAAUUAGAAUAUUUUUAAGUAAGUUAUUGAAAAAUCAAUUAAGUAGAAUGGCUAUUUUUGGAAAAUUAUUUUUUAAAAAUAAACCUGGAGGAAUAGGAUUUGAAUUUUGGGGGAAAAGUUGGGAUUAGGUUUUGGGGGAUUAGGGCAUUUGUGUUCUCUCAUGGUAUGGAAAUGAGAGUAAGACUCUUCCCAAUCAAACGGCUAGAGUGAGAGUCAUUCAUUCUCAUUUCCAUUCCAGAGCCCAAUUUUUCUCAACCAAACAUACUCUCUUAUAUAGAAAAUACCAAUUAUUAUCACUCUGUAAUGAUUCAGAUAACCUUACUAUAAAUAGUUGCAGUCCACAUAGUCUUCAUAGGAAGUUGAUUAGAUGUACUAUAUAGGUGCAUCUAUGUGAAUGUAAUUAAAGAUAUCCCUUAGAAUUAUAGAUUGUAGUAGGCACAGGCAUUUGGUAAGAUUGUUUAGUGUGAUAUAUCUCAAUAUACAAUGUGCUAGAUUUGUUUGGGCAUCACUUUAUGUAAAUCAAAGGAAUAAUAAUAUAAAAUGUCAUACGAUGGUAUCACUAUAUAUCUGCUAUUUGUAGAGUUACUAGGAACUAGGGCCACGCAAUGCAUGUUCUAAAAAACAAAUAUAAAAUUUUGAAUUAUAUCAUAAAGAAAUUGUGAAGAGAAUAGUGGGAUCUCUCUCAUUUUUUUCUAUGCUAUUAUCCUUAAAAAGAGGGAUUAGAAUAAAUCUAGUUUUGGAUCAAUGAGGAAUAAAAGGAACCAAAAUAUCACCUUCCUAAAAGCUACGGAUUAUAAUCCAAUCCAAUUAUUCUCUCUCUAGAACAUCUAGGAUUAUUUAAAUAGGAAUUAGUUAUGCAUUCUAGAAAAGUGGAAGUUGCAUUUUUUCGAUAGCAUAGAAGAGAAUGGAAGAGGAGGGACAAGAAAGGGGAAGAGAAUAGGAGGAGAUGCCAAAUUUGUCGACAUAAUUAAGCAAACCUCUACUUUGAUAUCGCUUAAGUGUUGCCUAUGUCUAUGACUUGACAUCUUUUUAAGCUUUAUUUACAUGCUUGCAAAUGAGGGCAAAUCUUUUCAUCGAACCUAUUUGGAAGUGGUCUAUGUAGUACCUUGGUAAGCAUAUUAGAAAGGAGAUCAUGGUGAAGAAUUCAAUUUCUGGCUUUGUGCGAUGCCUUACAUUGCAUAAUUUUCUCUAGAUAGGUUUAUUGCAUAAUUCAAUGACUAAUGAGCUGAAGAGUAUUACAGGAGACUUAUUUGAAGUUGAAAUUGUCAUCCAUUCUUUUACUUGGUGGGCUCAUGAUGGCUUCUUUGGAGGCUUUAGCAAGUUCCAUUUGUAUGGUUGAGUAGUUUUUGUUUUAACUCUUUGUUGUUGUCGAUCCCUUUCCACCUAUUGUGUCUUCUACCUCGGCUAUUCGUUUGGUCUCAUCUGCUUUUCGAAGUCUCAAAUUAAUUAGCAAUAAUGAGGUCAGAUCAUUUGACCAUUUCGCUUAUGCUACUUCCAACUGGACACAACCGUUGAAUUUUGGGUGUGCCUAAUGUAGAAAAGACAUCUUAUUGCUUGUAAGUAUAGAAACCCAAAGAUUUUUCAUAUUCAGGUCAAAGGCCAAACAAGAACUUGAUAGUCGAUGAUAGUCUCUGUCUUGAAUUGAAAGAUUCAAUUCCUAAAUUCAAUUGAAAACCCAACAGAGAUUUUAUCUUCACCGCAUCUGGUUUCUCCUUCAAGGUUUUAAUUAAUAUGAUACUGAAGCUCUUUUAUGGCUGCCUACUUUCUGUAGCCAUUCAUCGUAUGGCAUCAUCAUGCCCUUAUUUGUCCACUUCAAAUCCACUUGGUGUAAAAGUUAAUGAUUUUUACCUUUCACCAUAUAAGUUGCCUUUUUGCUCAUUGACCACUGCAUAUAAUUCUACCAUUUAAUUUGAUAAGGUUAUUAGCACACAUGGGAUUGCUCACGAUUUUUAGGUUUGGCAAUGCAUCUACCCACCAAAUUCUGUAAGCACAUACGAGUGCUUCUCUUUUGGGUGGCGGAGCACACAAUGCUGUGUGAUUAGACCUUUACUUUAAUGCUAUCCAAAAUUUUCUCCUUUUCACCAUGUCACUUUCAACAUGACAAAUUUGGUGGCGUAGCACGCAGUGCCACAUUUUCUCCUUUUCGCCUUGUCAUUUUCAACAUGACAAAUUUGACAUAACCUAUGUAAACUACAUAUAAAUGGAAUGAAAAAAUGGUUGAAAAAUUUAAUAUCAAAUUUAUGCACAUUAUAAUCUUUAUAUAAGAGAGUCGUUAAAAAGCUUCGCAAAAGAAGGCUCACAUUUGUCAUGCCUGUGCCAGCCAAGCUGGAACAGUAUUCAUAUUGUGCCAUUAGUAUGCUGGCACUUUGGCAUACAGUAAGACAAAACAAUACAUAAGAUGUCUUAUAUUACUUUAUUUGAUCCUUUCUUGAACUUAAAGUGGUCCUGUGAAAAAUGCUUACAGAUAAAGCACACGCUGUAUUUGUGGAUACUGUGAGAAAGUCAUAUGCUGCCUCUCAUGGUAUUCAGCUUCUCUAUCUACAUCAUUGUUACGUCCCACCAAAAUGAUUGGUAGACAUAGAGAGGGGGUAGGUUGUGCAUAUCCCGUACCUAUAUGUUUAAUAUAGGUUUUUGGACUCAUAUGAACCAUGUAUAUAUAUUGAUUUCUAGAUGUUGAUUCAUUCAACUAUCUGAUAAAUAGGAUGCCAACUAUAUAUGAACUAAGUAUGCACAAUCUGCAAAUAAUAACCAUACUUAUUCGAUGUGAGAAACAUUAAAAGGCCCACUUGACUUGUUUUUUUUUAUCUUCAUCAGUUUAUUUGAAUCAACUUGAAUUUGAUUCCAUCAGUCAUGUGUUGCCUCACCAAGGAUUUAAAAAAACAAAGAAACAACUUGAUGCAAUAUUAGAAUCAAAUCGAAAAAUUUUAUCUUCUCUUUAGAUUGAUAUUGUUUAACUAAUUAUAAAACUUAUAGGAAAAUUUAUAAAGGAGAAUCCGAACAUCUUAGACAUAUCUUCCAACCUUCUCUCUUCCCUGAUAGCAAGCUUUUCACAUCUCCCCCCCUCUCUCUCUUCCUCUUCCCCUACACUUAAAUGAGGUUGACUUUAGAGCCCCUACUACACAUCGGUCCUUCCUUUCUUGUAUCACAAAAGGUGGGACAAGGAGAAAGAGGUAGUGAAAGGUUGAGGAAAUUGUGGUUUAGGAGAGAGAAGAGUGGAGGGUAGAGGUAGGGGAGUGAAGAAGAUAUGGUGGCAGGAAUGAGUGGAGAUCAAAUAUCGAUGAAAUUCUUGGAAGAGCUUUUUUUUUUUUUUUUUGAGGGGGGUGGCGGGGGAGUGGGGGGUGAGAGGCGGUUGUAGCAAUGGAGAUGACUCCAUAUUCGACAGAUGGGAGGAGGAGCUAUUUUAUGAUAUUUUAUACCUUUUUAGAAACAUUUCUCCUUGUGGUUAAAAGUUCCAAAAAAGCCUAUUUCUUAUAAUACACCACAUAAAUGGAAUAUAAGUCUGGGUGCUAAGAUUUCUUGGUCUUAUGGCAUAGUUUCUUCAAAUUUAGUGACUUUCCAUGUCCCUCUAUAAAAAAUUGAAAAACCACACUACCCAACAUGGAAAAAAGCAACUCUCAUACACAAUAUGGGCCAACACAAACUUUGAGCAACAUGUUGUCUAUGCAAUGCUAGUAACCAUGGUCCACCAUAUUGGCAUGUACUAUCUUAUACCUGGUGUAUCGUACCAUGCCGGUACCAAAUUGAGACUCAGUAUGGGAGAGCCUUUGUUCGCCGAACCGACCCGUAUUGGGCGUACUAACACUAUACCAGCGUGGUAUUGGUACAAAGUCCGAUAUCGAGAUGACAAAUCUUGCUAGCAACCUUUUAGCGUAAUAUGCAGCCAUUUUGAUAUCUUAUAAUCUUUCAUUAGAUUUAUGUAGUUCUAUUCUAUAUUGUAUCUAUACCAUUUACCCAAGGAGAUGCCAUAUAGAAAUAAUCUAUUUUAGAAGGAAGGAAUAUAGUGAUGAAAUUCUUGAUUGGAUCUUCUCAUAGGAACAAUCUAUUGUGUACCACACUACCCAACAAGAAAAAAGGAACCCUCAAACAUAGCAAUAUGAGCCAAAGCAAACUUUGAGCAAUAUGUUAUCUAUGCCAUGCUAGUAACCUUUAAGCAUAACAUGUAGCAUAGUGUAUGGUGCAUAUUGACUAAUGCUUUGAUUUUGCAUUGGAUCAACUUUAUAGGCACUCUUUAAUUCAUGUUAUAGGUCUUUUGAGUGAUAGAUUCUCUAUGUACAUUCCAUCUUUACUUAUCCUCACAAAAGAAUAUUCUUGAGGUUAUUUAUGGUGGGGUCAAAUGUGCUAAUUGAAUUGCUAACCAUUUCGCUGCUCAGCAACAUCGGUUGCAUUAUAGGUUGGCUUAGAAAGACAAGGUAUUUAGUAGAUGCUGGCCUACUUUGGUGGUGGCAAUAAAGGUGUGGCUACAUGUCUAGGAGCAACAUGGCUUUGUGCUAGAAGCUAAGUCCACCUUAACAAGCCCACAAGGGCACUAGGAUCCUAUAACUCUAGGGCUGAAAUUGAAUCGAAUUCAGAUUGGAUAUCCGUAUAUCCAUAUCCAUGUUUUAUUUGACGAAUAUUGAUAAGGAUAUGGAUAUUAGUCGAAUGCAAAGAUUCAUAUCUAUAUUUAUUUUAAAUGGAUACAGAUACUGGAAGUAUGGAUACAAAUAUGGAUAUAAGUCGGAUAACUAAACAUUUAUGACCAUAGACUGAAAGUUAUUACUAAAUGGAUGAUAAAUUAAGUUAAUAGCAUGUGAAUGUAGUUAUAUAUUUUUCUUAAAAGUUCAUAAGUGCUAUAUAAAAUUAAAUAGGGUUACAAAUAGAAUCAGAUAUUCGGAUACAGAUUAGAUAGCUAUCUAUUCAUAUUUAUAUUUAUUUUUCUUUAGCAGAUUUGAAUACGUAUACGGAUAUUAAUUGAAUUCUCAAAUUUUUAUCCAUAUCAUAGAUUCGAAUACAAAAAUAGAUCAGAGCGGAUAUUAUCCGGUCCACUUUCAUCUCCAUAUAACUCCUUGUGUCCACAUGCCUCGAAACUCCUUAGGGCUCACUCUUCUUGAGAUAUGACCAAGCUGGAUUUUGUUGGCUUCCAAAAAGCUUCCAAUCAAGGUUUAUUGAAUUGAUGCGUCUUGCCCGUAUUGGGCAUACCCUUCUAUAUCCAGCAUAUUAUACCGAAUACCGAGCCAAGACAAUUUUAGUAUGCCAAAUCGAACCCUAUAUCGAGUGUACCGAUACUGUACCGGUAUGAUAUCGGUCUAAAGUUUGGUACUUAGAUGGCGAAUGUUUCUUCCAAUACUUCGUGUGGCAUCGGUCCUGCAUGUUCACUAGGACCAACUAAUCAUGGCUUAUGCAAUUAGGCUUUCUAACACCAUUGUCCAUGCUAUAGAGCUUAAAGUGGCCCAAGAGAGGAUCAGCUAUGCUUUUGAGCACUUACAGGGACACCAUUAUGGCUCAAGAGGGGCGUAACAAGAGUGAAGGGAUGUCUUUGUCAAUGUUCAGACCUUUCUGGUGUGCCUACUUGACAUAUGGCUUCUUUCAUUGGCUAGACCAAAUGUUCACGUUUGACAUAUUUAUGGGGAGGCUAAUAAGGCAGCCAGUUAGGUUGCUCACCGAGCAGCCGAUCAUGGGGGAGUCCUUUCAGGGUCUAAUCUUUGACGAUGCAUAUUGAGGGGUAUUCGAGGGCUGAAAAAGAGGUUUUUUGAAUUUAUCAAAAACAGAGAGGGUUGUUUUUACAUGAGAGUUGUUUAUAUGCAACUCUUACCACAAAAAAUGGCAGUAGCAUAUGCUUUGAAAUCUUUGUAAGAAAGUCCUGGUUCAAAAUGUGUCCAUUAUCUUCUCUAAAUUUAUGUUGUCAGAAUCGGAAGUAGGUGCAGCAGUGGAUGCAAAGAAAUGAUAUUUUAGAAAUGCUUUUAGCAAGAAAGUGCAUGAAAGUGGCUGUAGAUUCCAAAGGGUACAUUAUCGUAGAUAUAAGAUUUUGAGUCCCGAUAGCUAGGGCCUAAAUCAUAUGAUGAGGUUUUAAGUGCCACUGACAUAUAGGGUGUGUGGUUGACAUAACAAUUGCUGUAUGCUGUGUUGACAUACCAUGUACUUGAUUCAAUGGGCAUGAACAUAGUGGCAAUAGCAGUCGUUUUUUAGUGCGGGCAUGGGUUUUUCAGUUCUUCUUUAUUAAAAGUUUUUUAUCCUUGACUCUUCCUUAGUUAAAGAGUAUCCUUGUCUGGUAUCAGGUGGGUACUUUCAUAUGAUAUGGUGGACUGUGUUGGCUGGUACAUACCAUAUUAAAAUAAUUUUAAUUUUUUUAGUUUUCCACUAUACCUUCAUGGCUUAUGGUAGUUUUUAUCGAUUAACUUUUGGUAGUUUUUUUGGUUACAGGUUAGAGAUACAGGUUAUAAGAUUGAAAAAUAAAAGAAUAUUCUUUCCAAAAAAAGUAGAAGAAUAAGAAGAUUAAAAAUGAAAUGAACUAUGAUUAAAAAAAUAUGGAGAAUAAUUGGAAAUACAACACUUAGGAGAGCAAAUAAAUGGAACUCACUCAUUGCCAGUUUCGUAUAGUUUCUUUGGGCCUUGUAGACAUCCAGGUCAUGUGCAUAUUGGGGCCCUUGGAUUAGUAUCAACAUGGAUAUUGUUCUUAUCUCUAUUGCUAAUAAUUUGGCUGUUAGUGUCCUAGAUAGUAACUAUGGUACUGAUACUUUAUUUGAUACUAGCCUAUCAAUCUAGCUUGACAAAAUAGGAGGCAGCAUAAUUGUAGGAGCAUAUGAUUGUGGAGGAUCAUAUUAGCCAGUAUAUUUCAGACAAUGCAUAUUUGACCGUAGGAGGCACCAAUGGAUCUGAAACUAUUGUCCUGCCUAUGUAUUAGACCUUGAGAUGUCCAGGAGACAUACUCGGCAUGUGCAUCAUUGGUAUCACCAGCUGCAUUUCAUAGGUGAGAUCUCCUGGCUCUCCUAUGGUGUUACCUUGCAUUUUCUACGAUCUUUGCUUAGCACUUGUUCUAGAACAAUUCUCAAGUCCCUUCGAUAUGAUAUUUUUUCCUCCUUCCAUCUAUAUCAUCCUCGUGCUUUUCAUGGUUCUCAUCCUGCAUGGCAUGGUCGUACAAGGGCUCACUGGUAAAAUUCACUUGUAGCCUUACCCUGGCCAUCAAACCCAUCACUUGCCAAUCUAUGAUUAUCAUGAGAUGACCUAAGCAAGCCAUUGCCAGAAGAAUCAAUAGUCUUGUUGCUUGAUCAAACAAGUUCCUUAAUCUACUUUUUUUAAGGGCUUCACAGCCUUCUUUCCCUUCUUGCUCAUGGUCUAACAGGAUGUCUUACCCUUACUGGCCCGUCCUUCUAGCUCCCCUGAGUGGCUCAACUAGCCACAACAUUAGCCUCCUCGAUUGGCCUAUCUUCUAUUGCUAGGCACAGGUAACCUGCGAGGUUGGUGUUUUUUGUUCUGCACACAUUGAUCAACAUCUUCAUCCAUUGGCUCUGUGAAAAAAGUAGUCAAUCUAGAAGAAUGUCAUGCACAUAUUCUUUGUCGCAUUUUUUAAUUCUUCUAUCUAAAAAAUUAUAUUUCUAAAGAACUAUAGUGAAAAGUAAAAAAAUAUGCCCUUGUGUAGAUCAUAGUUAGGAUUACAACAUAUCCUAAAAUCAAGCAAGAUAGAAAAAUUGUAUGAUUUUCAAUCUCAAAAUUUAUAUUCUAAAAAACUAUAGUGAAAUUAAAAAAAUUAUGCCCUUGCGUGAUCACAGUUAGGGUUAUAACAUAUCAUAAAAUCAAGCAAAAUAGAAAAAAUGCAUGAUUUUAAUCUUUUUUUUUUAGAAAACAAUAGUGAAAAAUAAAAAAUUGUGCCUUUGUGCAGACCAUAGUUUGGUUUGCAACAUAUCAGAAAAUCAUAGUAAAAUUCAAAUACAGUAUGAUUUUCAUUUAUUUUCUAGUCACUUUUUGGCAAAAAAAGGGAGUGAGGAGAUUUUACCUCCAUGGCCGAUAGCCCAAGAUUCAAGGAGGUAAAAGUGGUUGUUUAAUGCACUAAAGACCACCCCAACGGUUGCACUUUCCAUCUUGUCUCCUAAAUCCUAUAUGCUCAGCGCCUACAUUUGGUGACAAAAAAAGUCUUUCGAUUUAGUUGAGUUGGUGGGUGCUGAUUUGUAGCAGUAGAUAUGGAUCAGUUGGAACAUGUUUGGGCCUAGACCCAUGUUAACAUCCAGUUCUAGCCCUCUUCCUCUCAAGUAUGAGCUAGUAUACCUUGUACUGGCUGGUUUGGGCUGGUUAACCUUGGUUUUAUGCGUUAAAACAACAUCUUAGACCCUCAUAGAUUUCAUAUAAUAGAAAAUUUGGGUACAUAUGUGUGUUGACUAUUGUAUAAUGUGUUUUAGAGAUAUAUGAUAUCUUAACAAUGCAUUGAAAUUAAUUUAUUGAGAGUCCUUGAUUAUAAUGGACAACAACCAUUGGAUAAAAACUUUUGAGACUAAGAUUUGUGCUGAUAGUAUCAUAUUAUAUAAAAUCUUUUGAAGUCUAAGAUGCUGGAAGUUUUCUAAGUGGACUUUUGCAUAGAGGCGAAUCUAGGGGUAGGGACCUUUGCCCCCCCUCCCCCCUAAUCAUUAUAGUACAUUAAUAGAUUAGAGAGAGAGAGAUGGAUUAUGCUCCUCCCGAUAGGAGAUAAUAUCAACUUCUCCCGAUUUCUAAAUCAAUAAUGGGGUGCCCAAAUUUAGGAUUCACAAUAUUUUAUCAUGAUCUAUAUUAUUAAUAAUAUUUUACAACCAAAAUCAUAUAUUUUGAUAGUCUCUAAUCUAUGCAUCAUGUUGACGCAAAAAUGGAUAGCUUUCAUUGUACUAGUGAGAUAAAGCAUUUAGAUUGAGAAGAAAGCAUAUUGAUCAUGUUAAAACAUGUGUAGAUUGCAAAUCAAUAGAUCUUAAUGGUGUGAUCAUAGCGAAACAUGGUCCCAUACCUUUUUAACUGUUUAUUUUCGCACAAAACAUGUAUUUUUUCUUUUGUUUCUAACAUGGGUGUUUAGUGGUAACAAGUCAUGAUUAAUGGAAUGAAUCUUCAAUAUAGAUGCCCAAUUGUUGAUUUUGGAAUCGAGAGGAAUGGUUAUCCUCUCCUUUCAAGAUGAGUAUAGUCUCUUAUGUAUAAUAACAUACAUAUAUACAUGUAUGUGUGUAUGACACCAACCAAUUUGGCUCUGGCCCCUUACAAAAAUUUGGAAUACCAUGCCCCUUCCUGCACACCCACCCACUAGACAUCAUGUCAUUUGAUACAUGUUCUUUUGUUGUUAUUGUUCCAUAAUUCUACAUACCUCCAAUUAUAUGACUUCUCAUCAAAUAGGAAAUUAAAUUUUAUAUUGUAAACAAUAUCCUUAUUAAAGAUUGGCAUAAAUCAAAUAAGGAAAUGUAUUGUGUAAGCUAUCUUUAUUAUUUUAUGACCAAAUAGAAGAAAGUACUCAAGUCUUGCCACUGAACUACAUGGUCUCCCUCUUGGACUUGUCACCACCACAAAUGACUCUCAUUUUUAUUGUUAAAGGCUUUUUCUGUUGGAAUUUAUUUUAACUUAUGUUUGAUUAACAAAUUAUUAUAUUUCAUGUCGUUACUUUAUAGAUAUCAUAAUCUCCUUCCUUCCUUUCUCAUCUUUAUUGCUACUCCUCUUUCUUCUUGUCACCUAUAGAUGUAAAUCCUUUUCUCAAAAGGCCUCCUAAACCUCCUGUUCUUUCCUUAAUUGCCAACUGAAAUAUAGUCAAACACUUAUUUCAUUUUAGCAUCUUACUGCAUUUCAGGUUCUCCUCUUUUUUGUUGGCUGGCAAUGAUGUCAUACCAAUAAGUUCAUGUUCAUCUAAUAUAAGUUGGAAAACUUGGUAACACCAAGAUUUCUUUAGGGUAAGAUACAAGAGACACCCUGAUGUAAAACAGAAGCAUGAUAAAAUUCAUAACCAUCGAGACCAGUAAGAAUGAAAUGCCCUCUAAUCGUCUUUUUUAUUAAAAAAAGUAAAAUAGAAAAUUAUUUACCGAUAAUGAUAUUUACCAAUGCGACAUAAAGAAGCCAUGACAACUAAUUAUUGUACUUAAGUAAAGGCGAGCUUGUUCGAAAAAUAAAAGCAUGAACUCUCUUUUGUGUGCUUAUGUGGCCUUAUUUCUUUUGUGUGCUUAUGUGGCCUUAUUCCUAACUCUCUUUUAAAAAGAUUAGCAUGCACUGAGAAAUAUCAUGAAAUAUAAAUUGUUAUUCUUGUCAUAUUAUAGUUUUCUUCUUUCAAAUGUUGUUUAAGAGGGACUUGUAUUGGUCUUGUUGUCAUGCGAUAUAAAUACUAGUGUUACGGAACCACUUAUCUAGUCCAACCCAUUUUGACAGUUGAAUCAUUGGUUCAUAGUUUGAUUGCAUGCAGGUCAAUGAUUGGAGAAGGAGACAAUCUGAGAGAUUUUCUUUUCUAUCUCAACCUGCCCAUUCCUCUUCUCAAAUCCUAGGUCUCUUUCUUCCAUCACUUCAGCAAGGUGGCUUUUCCAUUGUCAGCAUAGCGACUCAAUUUGAGCUUCGACAACAAAUUAAGCUUUACUGUUGGAAAAUUGCUGUUAAGAUAAAGCUACUAUAGUUUGAAGGUUCAAGGUUCCAUAUUUUAGGGUUUCCCCCAUCUCCAACCUCUACAGCUUCAACAGAGUGAGAAAGUAGCCUCUACAGCUUCAACAGAGUGAGAAAGUAGGCGAGGAAGAGGAGGAAAUGGUCGAUUGCUGAUAGUGUUACUCCCCUACCCUCGAUUUGGUUCUUUAUAACAAUGUUGGUGGAGAACAAGAAGAGAAAAAGGCAAAGGCUUGGGAUGGUAUUGGUGACCAAAAGCAUUAAGGUGGAGGCUUCUUGCUGGAUGGCAUCAUUGAUGACCGAGAUAAGAGGAAAAGAAGAGAGCAGGGGAGGGAUUGAUUAAGAAAGAUUGGAAGUCAAGACUCAUUGAUUUGAGAUAUCUUUUCCUUUAAUUUAAUUUAAUUUAAUUGUUCCGUGCAAGUCAUGAAUAGUGUGAUCAAGUGGUUUAAAUAGUUGAAUCGCUUGAUUGCAUGGGUUGAGUAGGUUUUGAAAAAUUUUGGGUUUAACAAUGAACCGAUCGGGUAUUAGGUGUCAAUGAUUGAUCAAACUAGUUUCAAGAUAACUUUCUUUCAUAUUCUUACUCAAGAAAAGAGGCUUCUUUCCAUGUUUUUCACAUUCAAGUAAAUACUUAAGUUUAUAUUUUGAUUGUAAAUGAGUCUUGGCCUCUUUUAAGAUUUUUUACUUCCUACCAAACAUUCCAUUUCCACCAAUCCCCCCCCCCCUCCUCAAGCUUUCAAUAACAUUUUCUAUCAUUUAAAAAAUUGCAUUUUGACCCAGCACCAAAAAUCUAUAAUUUGGUCUUUAAUUGAAACAUUGCACCUUUAUUUUGAUGAAAGUUGAAUUUUUAACUAUUUUUAUUGAACUGAAUAGUCAUAGUUACUUAUUUACAUGUAAUGUCUGAACUAAAUAGACAUUUACUUAAAUGUUAUUCAUUAUAUCAGAUUUGUCUUCAUCUACCUACUGAGUCAUAAGGAACUAAAAACAAACUUUAUUUACAUAGAGAUAAGUGGGAAAAAAGACAAGAUAGGAAGCUAUAUAUACAUAUAUACAUAUGCUUAUACACACACGUAUAUAUACAUACAUUCAUGUACAUCGAUGCAUAAUGUAUGUAUUUAAAGACACACAUAGACAUAGAUACAUACAUAUAUACAUCUAAAGAGUCAUUGAUUGAAUGAACAACAUAAAGAGAAGAUGGAAAAAGAUAUGAUAAAAGGAAAUUAAUGAGUAAGAGGGAGUUAAUGGUUUGGAAUACAUGCCUAUGUAUCCUUUAUUUCUUUAAUAACGAGGAUUAUAGUGCAGAUUUGCUGAUUUGCACAGAUUAGCACAUAUCAUGUUAAUGCCUCAUUGGCCUGUGCCAUUGGUUGUGUGCCAGUGUAUGGCAAGCACUAGCACCACUUGUGGCGCUCAGAGCCUUGUUAAGGGUUAGGCUUUCAACCAUAGAAAAAAGACUAUUUCCCCUACAAAGCAAUGCAACAAUGUUUAUUAAAUGUAAAUUUUAUGUGCAAUAUUUACAUGACCUCGCAUAAUUUUAUAAAUAGCUGCAUGUAAAUUACAGUGUUCAUUUGCUUUGGGUUUAAUGUUGUUUUGUUCAACUCAAUGCACAACCUAAAAUAUACUGCAUGUAAGUACACUAGUUUUGAAAGAAGAAAGAAAGACCUUUAACCUUUGGUGCAAUUAUUGUCUUUGUUUUUAUUAUCAGUUAAAGAAGGCUUCCUUCCUCUUUCCAACUGCUCAAAUCGGUUUCUUCAUCUUUUUCUCUCUAAUUCUUGAAUGUUAGUUGAACUUACAUUCUGUUCUAUACUUUUCCUGUAUUCUUUUAUUCUAAAUCAUCUUUUCCUGCUGCUUACUCUUCAUCUUGUUCUCUUCCUACUUAUGAUGGUUUUCACAGUAAAAAACACACACAAUCCAACUUAGUCAAUUAAUUGGGUUCUAGAGAUUUUUUUUUAUUUGUAACCAUUAGUCAAUGCAAAGCAUCUUACUUUUAAAAUUUUGUAUACUUAUUUUUUUCAGUUAACCAUUUAAUGGUUCAUUUGAAUGAAUAAAUUGGUCGAGUGCUCCACAGUUGAGAGUGUUUAAUAAAUUGUUUAAACUUUUGAAACCAUGAUCUUUGGAACAAAGCACAGCAUUCAUUUUAUUGAUAUAUUGGUGUCUCUUCCUUAUGGAUACGAUAUCAGGAAAGACCAUAAGGAUAAAGCAGCUACCUAUGGACUGCUGCGCAUUAUUCAUGAUUGCUUUUUAACAGUGCCACUUUUUGAUGUCAAACCAAAUAUUAUUACUACAACAGUUUUGCAAAUGAUUUUGUUGUUUAGAGUUGAGAUGUACAAGGGUUCUUGUAACACAUGAUGCAUGAUGAACAUUUUUUACAUUUCUAGUUUGUAGAAGCCAAGUUACUACAACUCAAGGAACUAGGAUGCUGCAUGUUAUGGAAGCACCAAGUACAUCGGGUUCAUGAGAAACUUCGGCACAAGGUUGGUGAAGCUGUUGAUAUAUUACACUGAAUGUUAAGCAAGGCAAAUGAAGCUCAACUGAUGCCGGGGGGAGAAGCUCAUCGCCGGUGGUGUUACCAAUCUGAUUGGAACUGUCCUUUGGCUUCCCCUUUGAUGAAGUACAACUUGGGGUUUCCAUUUCAUGGUUGGCAGUUGGGGCGCUCUGAUUGGAAGCCGUUGAUUAAAUGAGACAGCUUAUUAGCAAGUUAAAACAUCAGUUUGUAUCCUCAGGUGGGCUCCUUGUUCUGCUAAAACCAGUGCUGUCUACCACCUCCACAUUAUUGUUGUCCUCCUUACUCCUUGAGUGGGUAAUCAGACAUACUGAUGCUAUUAUAUCAGACUUUUUUUGGGAGAGAUAUGGAGACUGGUAGAAGACCACUUAAGCUGGUAGCUUGGGAUCAGAAUUGCAAAUCUUAGGCUCAGGAUGGCUUGGAUGUCGUUAAUAUACGAGGGUUGAGCUCUUCUUGGAAAGUGACUGUGGCAUGUAAUGGCGCCCACAGGAGCUCCUCGGUGUUGGUUGGUCAUGGGAGCUCAGUCUAUUAUAAGAAGUCUGCCUUUGACACUGAAGAGUCUUGAGCAAUCAAGCAGAAUUCGAAGAUAGCUCAUCGAACUAUAUGCCUCAUCUCCUCAAAUCCAUUGUGGAGCUCAAGCUCUGUCUAGCUCAAGGUUUAGCUUAUUGUCGAAGUCUGAUUCAGCUGAGCUUGAGCUAGUUUGAUGUCAUAUAAGCAGCCAAAGGCUGCAUGUCCUUGGCUUGACAAGCUUGCAUGAAGGCUACGUUGGACGUGAAUCAUUAUCUUCUUCAUGUUUGGUUCUCUGUACAUUUAUUGCUGCGUGAUAAAUAACUGAUAAACUCAUUCCGCGCCCCUUCAUCUUAUUCUGGUUCCCAGUCUUUUCGAGCCAUCAACCAUGCUUUCUUUAGCCUCUUCCCACCUCCUACAAGACAUUUCCUGGCUGCAGAGCCCUCCCUUCGGCAAUCCUGGUCGCGAACAGCGUUUGGUGCCGCGUAGGAGGAAGCCCCAUAUCUCCCUCGAAAACAUCACAAGGCCUUCGACAAGCAAGCUAUGUGCAACCUCAUUGGGCGCCCAAAGAACAUCGAAUGCUGGUAAUCUCCUUGUCGAUGCUCCAACAGCGACCCCAGGGAGUACUGCUCCCCUAGUUCUAGCACUACAAUCUACUGCAAAACAAGAUGUUGCAUGUUUUCACUUCCCUGGACAUAACAGAGGGAAAGCAGCCCCAUCCUUGAUGUCGGAAGUUACUGGGCUGGAAACUUUUUUACAUGACCUACCCGAGCUUCCUGAGCUUGAUGAUCUGUUCUCUCCAAAGGGUGUAAUUCUAGAUGCCCAGAUGCAAGCUGCAAAACUUUUUGGGGCAUCUGAGACGUGGUUUCUUGUUGGAGGCACCACCUGUGGCAUCCAAGCAUCAAUAAUGGCUACUUGUUCCCCUGGAGAAAUACUUAUUCUUCCUCGGAAUUCUCAUAUUUCUGCAACAUCUGGUUUGAUUUUGUCCGGUGCGAUACCAAAGUAUAUCAUGCCAAGGUAUAAUUCUCAUUGGGACAUUGCUGGUGGAAUAACACUAUCACAGGUCGAUAGAGCGGUGAAAGAGUUGGAGGAAGAUGGAAAAACAGCAGCUGCAGUUCUGCUCACGUCUCCAACUUACCAUGGCAUAUGCAGCAAUGUGAGUGAAAUAACAAAACUCUGUCACGCUCGCAAUAUUCCUGUUAUAGUUGACGAAGCACAUGGUGCUCAUUUCGGCUUUCAUGCCGAGUUUCCAAGCACUGCACUUGAACAAGGCGUUGACCUAGCUGUGCAAUCUACCCACAAGGUUCUGUGUUCUCUGACCCAGUCAUCUAUGUUGCACAUGUCAGGGAAUCUUAUAGACAGGGAAAGGAUAAGUAGAUGUCUUCAAACACUACAGAGCUCCAGCCCAAGCUAUCUUCUUCUUGCAUCAUUGGAUGCUGCAAGAGCUCAGCUAAGUGAAAAUUCAGAGACUAUUUUUAACAAAGCCAUGGACUUGUCCUUGGAAACUCGCCACCAGAUCAGGGCAAUUCCAGGUGUCUCGGUGUUGGAUUUAACAAACUUUAUUUCUGGUUUUCCUUCUAUCGACCCUUUGCGCAUCACUCUUGGUGUUUCACAGCUUGGUAUAUCAGGCUAUAUGGCAGAUGAGAUAUUAUAUGAAGGACAUCAUGUAAUACCUGAGCUGGUAGGGAGUCGGUCAUUAACAUUUGCCAUCAACUUGGGGACUCGCAGGGAGGAUGUUCAAAGGCUUGUAUCGGGAAUAAACUUUUUAUCAGCAAAUUACUCCAAGGAAAAUGAGUUAGAAUUUAAUAAGGAGGAUGAUGGCUGUGAACCUUUUUCUAGUAUAACUAUGAGAAUGAGUCCUCGGGAGGCAUUUUUUGCGAAGAAGAGGAAGGUCGAUAUUGGAGAAAGCCUUGGGCAGAUAUGUGGAGAAUUAGUCUGUCCAUACCCACCUGGUAUUCCACUACUAGUUCCUGGCGAAGUUAUAACUGAGGAAGCUAUACAGUAUCUGUUGGAUAUAAGAAGGAUGGGUGCUGCAAUCAGUGGAGCAUCCGAUCAUCAACUAUCUUCCAUGCUUGUGUGCAAUGUAUAACCGAACAGGUAAUUUUUUGUUAAGAUUCUCUCUUUGGGGAUUGACCCUCUCAUUUAAGCUUGAAGAGGGAUCAGGAUAAGGUUCAGAAUGGAGGAGAGCUAUCUAGGACAAAGCUAAAAAAUGAAGAGAAUGGACUGAGAUGAUUUAAAAGAUUAUAUAGUGGUGGAAAGAAAUCCAGUUAGCUUGCUAUGGAUGGUCAAGACAUUCGAUGCCAAAAAAAUGACAAUAAUGGAGUUGUAGAGCUCAAUUCACAAAACAAAGUUCAAAUCAGUAAAACUCCUAAUUUGUCUCUUAAUUUCUUCUGAUGGUUUUUUUUUUGUGGGGAGUGGGGGGUGGUUAUGACUUUGCUUUUAUAUGGUUCAAUAUUGAAAUACGAUUGUGGAUUUGUAUUUCUCUCUGACAUGACAAAUGGUGCUCUCCAUUGUUUUUUUUACCUUUUUUUGACAGAAAAGGAGGAUUGGGACGCCCCCCUUAAGUUGUUAUUUAUUAGAAAGAUUUACAAAGGUUUUACUGAAGUUUUAUGUGAGAGCCUUUAAGUGGUGCUCUCCAUUGUUUUUUGUUGUCUCACUUCCGAACUUAUAUUUCAUUGCAGUGGAUGAUGAUGCAUAUCCUGAAAUCUAAGUGGUCUAAUGAAUCCUUUCAAUGAAAUCUUGUCUUAUAAGAUCUAUUAGGGAUGAUCUACAGCUUGAAUUCUCAUAGCUAUUGUGAACUAUCUCUGAAUUUAAGCCCUCCCAGCAGCAGGCUUUUAAGAUUGUCUUGUAAUUCAGUUUUUUUCAGCCAUGUCCUUCUAUUGGUUAGCUUCUAUAAAAGGAUUAUCUUUUGUGGAUUUUAUGUAAUUUUUCUAUGAGAAAUAUUAGCGAAGAAAUAUUUCAUUUCA